GUGGUCGAUCUACUUUGCUCGAAAAUAUAUUUGUUAUCAUAAUUAGAAUUCUGGAUGCGAGUCCUAUCAAUUCUUUAACGUCCAAGUGUGUUCAAGGAGGUGAUGUUUUUGGUGGACUAAGCUGUUCUUUUAUCACAUACGUAAUAGUGGAGCGCCCCUCUUCAUAUAUCUAAAACAUAAACCGCACAGAGUUUAUUUUCUCUCACAGUAUAAAUUGUACACCCGUCAACAGGGUAACUCUGACUGAAGUUAAAAGGGCCUCCCGCAAUACAAAUCAGAAGGACUUUAUUCGACAUGCGAUGGUACUUUUUCUUGCUAGCCUUCGCGCAUUAUGUUUUUGCUAUUCCUAUCAAAACAUAUCAGCCAGAUCAAGCAAUCAGCAGCACUGCAAUCAACAGAUGUUGUUCUUGCCAGUUUGAAGAUACGCAAUACACGAAUUAUGGUUGUGGAGACAUCAGUACUUUUAUGACGCUAGUUCAAAAUGUGAUGUCUUCUAGAUGCGAUAUUGCUGACCCUUGUCGACGACUGGGUAGGGACGAACUACCGAACGAGAAUAAAUGGUUUGAUUUUAUAAUCAUCGGCGCAGGUGUGGCAGGAUCAAUAAUUGCGAGAAGAUUGAGCGAUAAUCCAUGGCGAAAGAUUUUGCUUAUCGAAGCUGGUCCAGAAGAACCUACUAUGACAGCAAUACCAGGACUUGCGUUUCGUGCUGUCAAUACGUCUCUCGAUUGGAAUUUUAAAACGGAACCAACAUCACCGCAUCCUACUGCCUGUUUAAAAACAGGCGGUGUCUGCACUUGGCCAAGGGGUAAAAUGAUUGCCGGAACUGGCGGCUUCCACGGUAUGAUGUACGUUCGAGGUCAUCCUGAAAUUUAUAAUCGUUGGGCGCAGGCAGGAAAUCCUGGCUGGUCUUAUGAUAAACUCAAUCGUUAUUUCGAACGGGUGGAGAACCCGGUCGAUCCGCUAAUUUUAUCGAACAAACACAGGAGUCUAAAGGAAGGAGGUCCGAUUAGUAUUCAGUAUUUUCCGCAUAAACCAGAGUUCGCGGAUGUGCUAUUGACAGCUGCCAGUGAGCUGGGCUACAGGACUUCCCAGUUAAAAGAAUACAAUCAAACUGGUUUUAUGAUUGCACCGAUGACAAUCGAGAAUGGUAUGCGUCUCACGACUUCAAAGGCAUACUUGAGGCCCGUUUCCUACCGCAAAAAUCUGCGAGUAUUAACAAACGCACAAGUUACCAAAAUUCUAAUUAAUCCUCGGGAACAGAAAGCUUAUGGCGUGGAACUGCUAGAUAAGAACGGCCAGAAGAAAGUGGUGAAAUGUGGCAAAGAAGUGAUCUUGACAGCCGGUGCUAUAGGCUCACCGCAUAUUCUUAUGAACUCUGGUAUAGGACCUGAAAAAGAUCUCGCUGAGCUCGAUAUUAAAAUUUACAAAGACCUGCCAGUCGGCCAAAAUUUGCAGAAUCAUGUGUCGGUGGCGGUUCCUAUGAGCAUCAAAGACAUCCCGUACGAGAUCAUGACUAUGGAUGCCGUAAAUGAGUAUCUAGACAGCAAAACCGGCCCACUGGCUAGUACUGGUGUUACUCAAGUCACUGCUUUUCUUGAGAGCAACUAUACAAUUAACGGCGUGCCGGACAUACAAGUCUUCUUCGACGGUUUCAAUUCCAUCUGUCCGAAAACUGGUCUGCCGAAUGAGUGUAUUGACGGUAGAAUCGAUGAUUGUACGGAUAGAAGACCAAUCGUAGCAAGACCUACGGUGGUUUACGUAGAAAGUCGAGGCAAUAUAAAACUCCGAUCAAAUAAUCCUUUGGACCCACCGUUAAUUUAUCCGAAUUAUUUCACGAAUGAGAAGGACUUAAUGGUCUUGCUUGAAGGUAUCAAAAAAAUCAGCAAGCUUGUCGACACACCCGUAAUGAAAAAGUGGGAUCUUCGUUUGGAACAAGUGAGAAGUUCAUUAUGCAACGACUAUCAUUUCGGUACGGAUGCCUUUUGGAUGUGUCAAAUUCGCGCAGAAACAGGACCGGAAAAUCAUCAAUCUGGAACGUGCAAAAUGGGACCGAGUACCGAUCCAACCGCGGUAGUGGAUUCAAAACUUCGAGUACACGGUAUAGCGAAUAUUCGGGUUGCCGAUGCUUCUAUUUUUCCUAUUUUGCCAAACUCGAAUCCCAUUGCUGGUAUCAUGAUGGUAGCAGAAAAAGCAGCCGAUAUGAUUAAUAGUGUUUAGCCACAGAAAUUUUAAAUAUAACAUGCAAUACGUUAUGUAAUGUAUAAAAAAUACUCUAAAAAAUUAUUGAACGUUCUCUUAAUGACAAAUUCUUUAGUCAAUAGGAAAUUAUUUUUUUUUAAGUAAA